GUACUCCCCUCCACCAUCAUCACCGUCAUACAGAUUGGCACCGGCACCUGGUUCAUUCCGCCACAGUUUCCUUGAAAAAGGCAAAGAAAGACUCCUCGCUAAAAAAGAAUACCCCGGCGGUGAUUUCUCCUUCAAUGAUCCCCUCCAACAACCCUCUUACAAACGUGCUUUCGAUCUCGACGUCCUUUCUCAACGCUUCCUCAACUUUCGCAAUGCCUCGCUUGACUUCAUCCAUAAACUCCACCAUAUGGGCCGCAGCGAUCCACGCAAAGUUAUCUUCGCUAUGAAAGCUGGAUUAUCUUUGGCCAUUGUUUCACUUUUCAUUUACAUUAAAGAACAACAAUUUAACAAGUACUCUAUUUGGGCUAUUCUCACUGUUGUUGUUGUUUUUGAAUUCAGCAUAGGUGCAACCCUUAACAAAGGUUUCAAUCGUGCUUUGGGAACAAUUUCAGCUGGAGUUCUUGCUUUGGGGAUUGCACGAGUAUCCGUUUGGAUUGGUGGUGCUUUUGAUGAACUUAUUAUUAUAGUAGCUAUCUUUAUUGCAGGGUUUUGUUCAAAUUUUGUGAAGUUGUAUCCUGCAAUGAAGCCUUAUGAAUACGGGUUUCGUGUAUUUUUGUUAACGUUUUGUAUUGUGUUGGUGUCUGGGAGACAUGGAAUGCAGUUUUUCACUACUGCUUUUUAUAGAUUGGUUCUUAUUGGUGUUGGUGCUGGUGUGAGUUUGUCUGUGAAUAUUUGUAUUUACCCCAUUUGGUCUGGUGAGGAUCUCCACAAAUUGGUUGUGAAGAAUUUCCACGGAGUUGCCGCUUCUUUAGAAGGUUGUGUAAAUGGAUAUCUACAAUGUGUUGAAUAUGAGAGAGUUCCAUCCAAAAUUCUUGUAUAUCAAGCCUCUGAUGACCCUCUUUAUCGCGGUUAUAGAACAGCAGUGCAAUCUUCAAGCCAAGAAGAGACUUUGGUAGAUUUUGCAUUAUGGGAGCCACCUCAUGGUCCAUACAAGAUGUUCAAUUAUCCUUGGAGAAGCUAUGUCAAAGUUAGUGGAGCAUUGAGGCAUUGUGCUUUCAUGGUCAUGGCAAUGCAUGGAUGCAUACUUUCAGAAAUACAGGCACCUCCAGAAAAGAGGUUGGUAUUCUUUCAAGAACUUCAGAAGGUAGGCAUAGAAGGAGCAAAAAUAUUACGUACACUAGGAAGCAAAGUCGAAAAGAUGGAAAAACUGAGCACAAGGGACAUUCUGAUAGAAGUUCAUGAGGCCGCGGAGCUAUUGCAGAUGAAGAUUGACAGUCAUUCAUUCCUGUUAGUCAAUUCAGAGAAUUGGGAAGCUGUAAGACAACACCAGUCUAAAGAAAAUGAACGAUCUGGAAAUUUGAUUAAUGAGAAUAAUAAGCAGUCGGGGGACAAUUCGCAGCUACAACAUUCAAAUAAGCAGUUGGGGGACGAUUCGCUGCUACAACGUUCAGUGUCAGAAUUGAGUUUCGCGCAGAAUCCGAACAAGAACUUAUCGCCUCAGUUCUCUUUUCGCAUUGAUACCAUAGUGAAUGAAUCAGAAUCUAAAGUAUAUGAAAGUGCUAGCUCGUUGUCUUUGGCGACAUUUGCUUCACUCUUGAUAGAGUUUGUUGCACGACUUCAAAAUCUUGUGGAUGAGUUCGAAGAUCUUAGUGAGAAGGCUAAUUUUAAAGACCCUUUUGAUCAACCUAUUUUGAAGUGAAAACAAAUAGGUUGAUCUUCUUGAAACCAAAUAUAGAUUUGCAGGAUAUUACCAACAUUAGCUACAUGAAAACAACUGCUACCUGGUAUAUGAUCUUGUUGAAAACAAGAAAGUUAAAGGAUGAACUUGACACUA